AUGAGUCUCAUAUCACGGCGUUUCCAUAAACUGGUCACGACUCCUCCCGCAUGGCGCAUUGCAUUUGCUCGAUACUUCCCAGGUGCGGAAGCUCUGGGGGUGGAUGGUACGAGGAUCAUACAGGAGCCUUGCUCUGAUGUCGAACGUGCGCAGCGUAGGAGCUUCACUCGGCUGUCUGCCCUAGCCUCAUGGAGAUCAGAAUAUAUUCUGAGAACCCGAUUGCUUCGCUCUCUUGGCCGUGGACGACCAGCGAUGGAAGCAAUCUCUCGCUCAAGCGCUUCUCGGCACGCCAGUAGUGCUGCCGCCGCUGCAGUCAUAACCUAUGUCUCUGGCUUGAACUAUCCCGUCAGCCAUCUCCACGCGACUUUUGGCGUUGGGUUGAACAAGAGACAGCCGCAGUUCAUGCAUGGCGCAGUAGAACAAGGCCUUGUGUCAGUUAGUGAACCAAGCACAGGAAAGCCUGGCCAUUGGGGUCUGACUGACUUCGAGGGAUUCAAGCAUUUUGCUGAUCAAUUCCCCGGGGAACUCCCCUACGGUCUAGGGCCUGGCAAUGUUGUAGGUAUGACGAACGUGAUGGACGUCAGUCAAACCUAUGGAAGAGUCUAUGGCGAAGCAUGUCCUGGAGGUCGACUUUUCUAUACAUCGACAAGCGAACAGCGUGGACGUUUCGUACCUAUCUCUUCAACGGCAAAUCACGCCCUUGGUAUUCCUGAGGUGACAAUGAUUGGUGCUGCUAUUUGCUCGGUGUGGCUUGCAAAAUCGGAACAUGUUCUUAGGGUGACGAAUGGUUUGAUUGGCUUUCUCGCGGGAUUUUCCAAUGGCGUCCUUGCUGCAUACGCCCUAGGAGUCAAUCCGGUACACGAUCGUCGAUUUGGAAAAGGUGAGCCCACCGCUAAAUGGGUUCUCUGUCCCGGUGUCCCGAUCAUUGGCAUCUUCAUUGAUGAGAAAGUCUCAAACCGACGGCUUGGGUCUGGCAGAAUAUGGGCUGUGGUUCUCAACGCACUUGGGGAAGUCUUCUAUCUAACAGAGGCGCCUAUUCGUCCUGACUUCGUAGGCAAAGCGUCACCUAAUGAUCUUGACCGGCUCGCCUGGGAAACUGGGCGCAGCGUUCACUGGAGGCUGGUGGAGGUGACUCGACGCCGAGCAAGACCUGAUCCAUUCGGGACAGCCCAGGUGGAUGGAAGCUAUUCGCCGCGCACCUCAAGUGACAGUGCCGGCCUGAGCAAGGAACAGAUCAUUGCUGAAACUAAAGAGAUCGAGAAAUAUAUCCUUCACAAGCCCAAGCACUACAAGUCCAUUUGCGAGGGCUGGGAUAUGCGGCGAAGGCUUUUGGUGGAUUCUGGUGGGGAUGACCAUCGAGGUGCAGGAGAAGCAAUCUUUGUUGUUGACUGCGGCGUUGAUGAAGGCUCUAAUGCAUCUAUCCAGCGUUUCACCAGAUGCAAAAUGAAGAUCGCAGUCGAUUUUGAUCUUGACGCAUGGCCGACGAUACAGUCAACGGCGGGUCACACCUCAAUUUUCGGAGGUGGCACGCCUUCGCAUCGGGAAGUGCUUUCGUCGCCACUUUCUAGGAGUGUUCCACGGUCGCGGACAUCUAGCCAGGACGAUACAAGGGACUCCAAGUUUAGAGAGGACUGGUACAUUUCCCAGUAUUCCUUUGCCGAACACCGCGGUAUUACAGUCUCGGCUUUGGCAUCGGAUGACUCUGAGUUUGCGACUCUGGCGGCCACUGAGGACCCUCUUCUGGGAAUGUCAGGUGGAUCCAAUACAUCCUCACCACUUGCCUCACCUUUGGAACACAUGCCGACCCCAGGCACUGCAUCUGAAAUACCUGGACAUCGUGCUCGCCUUUUCGGUAUAGGCACAAUGUCCGGAGCCGUGCUCCUCUGGGACAUGCGUUCAAGUCUAUCUCCAAACCCAGAUGUAGUCAACACGGUCCAACCAGUCAGAAUUGUGUAUACCAAAUCCCCCCAGAUCGCUUCGCUGGCUCUCACCUCGCUCUACUUCGUACAUGGGGGUAAUGAUGGACUUGUCCAAGCUUGGGAUCCACUGGCAUCCAGUAACGAACCUAUCAGAACACUGAACUCGAGAUUUUCUGAUCGGGCUCGACGUCGAAUUGCUCAAGCAGAAGCCUCAAUCCAAGGUGUUGGCAAUAACUACUAUGCUGCAGGCGCCAUUGUCUUAGAUCCCGACCCAACAGCUCUACGCGGAAUGGUUUCCCUGGGGACUUAUUUGCGUUACUGGUCGUACAGCUCGACUGCUGCCGAUGCAUACAAAAGCAGGAAACGAGGUCAACUACGUCGACGAUCAGAACGGGGCAGCAAUUCUACACCUGCGAGUCAGAAGGUUAGCGCCACUGGGCGAGGGCUGCUGAAGGACUACAUCAGUGAUGAACACAUGGAAAUGGAACGGGAGAAGGUUGCAAGACGCAAAGAGAAAGAACGCCUGACGGGCAGAUUUGGGACCAACAUUCUUGGAGAGGGUGCAAGUGAGGAGGAGUUACUUGCAUACGCUACAAUGCUCAGUGAAGAGGCCUUCAACAGCGAGGAGGCGAACAGGAAAUCGGAUGAGGGACAUAAUGCUCCAUCGAAGUCGUCGAACCCGGUCAGUCGCCACUCUGGACGCGAGACGACAGACAACGAUGCCGACCUUGAAGAAGCCAUUCGCCUCAGUCUGCUCGAAAGCGGACAGGUUUCCUCUUCACCUCCGGCAAAUGACUGCAGUAUCCCAAUCAGAUAUGCCAAGACCUCGCGACAUGGUACUCCUUCGCGGAAAGCAAAUGCCGGUAGCAGCAAUACUCCAGUGGCAGCAGACGGUGAAGAUGACCUGGAGUUUGCGUUGCGGUUGAGCCUUGCAGAGGAGCAGAGUAGGAAGGCCAUGGAUGACGACUUCCCUAUGCUGACGCCUUCGUCAACUUCGGGCUCUGAAGGGCGUGGGAAGGGGAAAGGGAAGUCCAAGCGUCGUUGA